CAAGAAAGUAGCAAAAGUGAGGCUGGCAGCCGGCGGCAAAGGAGCGGGUCGAGCGGCGGCGGCGGCGGCAGGAAGUCUGUGCCCGAGACGAGCAGAAAUUAGAGCCAGGGAGGGACCGCGGCGGCGGCGAGAGUGAAAGAGGAAACUGCAGAAGAGGAAGCUCUGCCGCAGCACAAAGUCUCCUCCGGCUCCCGCGCCUAGCAUCCCCGCGCGCCCGCCCCAGCCCUCCCGGACCGGCUCGCCGCCGCUGCCUGCGCCCCUGUCGCCGGGCGCCCCCUCCUCAGCGCGCCCACCCCGGCCCCACGCGCCCCGGCCGCGCCGCCUCGCCGCCCUCCGCACACGUCGCCCUCGUCUGCCAUGGCCCGGGAGAACGGCGAGAGCAGCUCCUCCUGGAAAAAGCAAGCUGAAGACAUAAAGAAGAUUUUCGAGUUCAAGGAGACCCUCGGAACCGGGGCAUUUUCUGAAGUGGUCUUAGCUGAAGAGAAGGCCAGUGGCAGACUCUUUGCGGUGAAGUGCAUCCCCAAGAAGGCGCUGAAGGGCAAGGAAAGCAGCAUAGAGAACGAGAUCGCUGUUCUGAGAAAGAUUAAGCAUGAAAACAUUGUCGCCCUGGAGGACAUUUACGAAAGCCCCAAUCACUUGUACUUGGUCAUGCAGCUUGUAUCCGGUGGAGAGCUGUUUGAUCGGAUAGUGGAGAAAGGAUUUUACACAGAGAAGGAUGCCAGCACUCUGAUCCGCCAGGUGUUGGAUGCUGUCUACUAUCUCCAUAGAAUGGGCAUUGUCCACAGGGACCUCAAGCCUGAAAAUCUGUUGUACUACAGUCAAGAUGAGGAAUCCAAAAUAAUGAUCAGUGACUUCGGGUUGUCAAAAAUGGAGGGCAAAGGAGAUGUGAUGUCCACAGCCUGUGGGACCCCGGGCUACGUUGCUCCCGAGGUCCUGGCCCAGAAACCAUACAGCAAGGCUGUUGACUGCUGGUCCAUCGGAGUGAUUGCCUAUAUUUUGCUCUGUGGCUACCCUCCUUUUUAUGAUGAAAAUGAUUCCAAGCUCUUCGAACAGAUCCUCAAGGCAGAAUAUGAGUUCGACUCCCCCUACUGGGAUGACAUCUCCGACUCUGCAAAAGACUUCAUCCGGAACCUGAUGGAGAAAGAUCCAAAUAAAAGAUACACUUGUGAGCAAGCCGCUCGGCACCCAUGGAUCGCUGGGGACACAGCCCUCAACAAAAACAUCCAUGAGUCUGUCAGUGCCCAGAUCCGGAAGAACUUCGCAAAAAGCAAAUGGAGACAAGCAUUCAAUGCCACGGCCGUCGUGAGGCAUAUGAGGAAGCUUCAUCUUGGCAGCAGCCUGGACAGUUCAAACGCAGGUGUUUCCAGCAGCCUCAGCUUGGCCAGCCAAAAAGAUUGUCUGGCACCGUCCACACUCUGUAGUCUCGUUUCUUCUUCAUCGGGGGUCCCUGGAGUGGGGGCGGAGCGGAGACCGAGGCCCACCACUGUGACCACAGUGCACUCCGGAAGCAAGUGACUGGCUCUGGAGGCGGGGCCCUGGGGGGCGGGGCCAGAGAAGGGGGCCUCUGGCGCCCCCAGCCCCUCCAGAGCGAUCCCACCUUGCAUGGUGCGCCUUCCUGCACAGGACUGGAAGACAGAAGUUUUUUAUGGCCAUAUUUUAUACUGCAAUUCUGAAGCGUUCAUUUCUCACAAACUGUACUGACUCAAAGGGAGCUGACGUCACAGGAUCUGGUGCUGUACAUAAGAAUCUUGCAGAAGCUCUGACGAAACGGACCUCCCGCGUCCUCUCCCCCAAGCCCCGUCGUUUCCGCUUUUCUCGGUAUGGGUAACCGUCUCUGUUGUAUUUUUUUCUUUCAUGACCAAAAAAAAAAAAGGAAAAAAAAAAAAAGGUUUCAACUGGAUUAUUUAAGUAUCGGUAAAUAUUGCACAUUUAGGGUUUUAUUUUUUACCUUUUAUGAAAUGCUCCCUUCUGAUCUAUACUUCUGAGUCCCAGGACCUGUAUCUUUUGCUUGUCCGUGGUAGAGUUUUAUGUUAACCUUCAAGAGAUGUUUUUUGUUGUUUCCCCCACCCCCUCCAAGGGGAAUGUAAAGGUCUUUUUUAAAAUUCUAGUAAGAGGAUCAAGAAUCUCUCUCCAA